CGUCACUGCGCAUGUGCAGUGUUCAUUCGAGCGUCCAUCUUGGCACCAGUUUCUUCCAGCUCCUCACAGCACAAGGGCGGCAGAGACUACAAUUCCUAGCGUACUUCGCGGUGCUCGCGCAUGGGCAGCGCGCUCGUCCGCCAUCUUGGCCCGAGUAAACGCCGUCGCCGCCGCCGCCGCCACUAAACAAACCCGAGCCCGGCAGUGGCGAGCGGCGGGGGGGGGAGGGUGCGGCUGCCGCGGAGCCUUCGAUGUGCUGGGCACGGCCGGGCAGCGAGGCUGAGCUCUGUGGGAGCACAGACACAAGGGAAGGAUGCCUGUGGUGUGGCCUACCCUUCUGGACCUCAGCAGGGAUGAGUGCAAGAGGAUCCUUCGCAAACUGGAGCUGGAGGCCUAUGCAGGUGUCAUCAGUGCCUUACGUGCACAGGGAGACCUUACAAAAGAGAAGAAGGAUCUUCUUGGAGAACUCUCUAAAGUGCUAAGUAUUUCAACAGAGCGACAUCGUGCUGAAGUUCGGAGAGCAGUGAACGAUGAACGACUAACAACGAUUGCACACAAUAUGUCAGGGCCAAACAGCUCUUCUGAGUGGUCCAUAGAAGGUCGUCGGCUGGUGCCGCUGAUGCCGCGGCUCGUGCCACAGACAGCUUUCACUGUCACCGCCAACGCUGUUGCCAACGCAGCCAUCCAGCACAAUGCAUCUCUGCCAGUUCCUGCAGAAACUGGAAACAAAGAAGUGGUGGUUUGCUAUUCCUACACAAGUACCACUUCAACCCCAACAUCUACCCCUGUUCCAAGUGGCAGUGUAGCGACAGUGAAGUCCCCCAGACCUGCCAGUCCAGCCUCCAAUGUAGUCGUCUUGCCAAGUGGAAGUACUGUUUACGUCAAAAGUGUCAGCUGCUCAGAUGACGAUGAAAAGCCCCGCAAAAGACGACGAACGAAUUCCUCUAGUUCUUCCCCUGUUCUCCUGAAAGAAGUCCCGAAGGCAGUGACUCCUGUCACUAAAACUAUCACAGUGCCUGUAAGUGGGAGCCCCAAAAUGAGUAAUAUAAUGCAGAGCAUUGCCAACUCCUUACCACCACACAUGUCGCCUGUGAAAAUAACCUUCACUAAGCCCUCAACACAGACAACAAACACCACAACACAGAAGGUCAUAAUAGUAACCACCUCUCCAAGCUCAACUUUUGUACCCAACAUCCUUUCCAAGUCCCACAACUAUGCAGCAGUUACAAAACUUGUCCCAACAUCAGUCAUUGCCUCAACUACUCAAAAGCAGCCCGUGGUCAUCACUGCUUCCCAGUCCUCUGUGGGCAGCAGCAGCAGCUGCUCCACUCCCUCCUGCACUGCAAAUACCAUUGCUGUGACUGCUGUAGUGUCAUCCACACCGUCAGUGGUUAUGUCAACAGUAGCACAAGGUGUAUCUACGUCAGCAGUUAAAGUUGCCUCGACCAGACUACCUUCCCCAAAAGGUUUGGUUGGGAAUCCAACUCAGAUCUUAGCACAGUUUCCCAAGCAGCAUCAGCAGUCUCCCAAACAGCAGCUGCACCAAGUCCAGCAGGCCCAGCAGCAGCCGCAGCAGCAGCAGCAGCUGGUGCCGUGUUCUGCAGCCCAGCAGCAGCCACAGCAGUCUCAGCUGCCAGCUGGCAUCAAGCCCACCAUUCAGAUCAAACAGGAAUCAGGUGUUAAAAUAAUCACUCAACAGGUGCAGCCCAGUAAAAUCCUUCCCAAACCAGUUACAGCGACCUUGCCCAGCAGUAGCAAUUCACCCAUUAUGGUGGUUAGCAGUAAUGGGACUAUCAUGACAACUAAACUGGUCACUACUCCCACUGGAACUCAAGCAACUUAUACACGGCCAACAGUGAGCCCCUCUCUGGGAGCUCGGAUGGCUGGAACUCCAGGGGCUGCUACUUAUGUGAAAACUACAAGUGGCAGCAUCAUUACUGUAGUACCAAAAUCCCUGGCUACUCUAGGAGGAAAGAUCAUCAGCAGUAAUAUUGUUUCUGGAACUACGACCAAAAUCACUACAAUUCCAAUGACAUCAAAACCCAAUGUGAUUGUUGUGCAAAAAACUACUGGGAAAGGAACUACAAUUCAAGGGCUUCCAGGCAAAAAUGUGGUCACAACACUGCUGAAUGCUGGGGGGGAGAAAACUAUUCAGGCAGUGCCAGCAGGAGCAAAACCUGCUAUCAUCACUGCCACAAGACCCAUCACAAAAAUGAUUGUUACACAGCCAAAAGGAAUAGGGUCCACGGUCCAGCCAGCCACCAAAAUCAUCCCAACUAAAAUUGUUUAUGGUCAACAAGGGAAAACACAGGUCCUCAUAAAACCAAAGCCAGUGACAUUUCAAGCAACAGUUGUGAGUGAACAAACCAGACAGCUGGUGACUGAAACGUUACAGCAGGCUUCAAGGGUAGCAGAGACAGGAAACUCAUCUCUCCCAGAAGUGAAAGAAGAACCACAAACCUACACUGACAGUAGUUCUUCUUCUACAGAGUCUUCCCAGAGCUCUCAAGAUUCUCAGCCUGUAGUCCAUGUGAUUGCUUCAAGAAGUCAAGAUUGGUCAGAACAUGAAAUUCCUGUGGACACAAACCCUACAAUAAUUUACCAGGAUGUAUCCAGUGAAUCUCAGUCAGCUACUUCCACAAUAAAAGCUUUGCUGGAACUUCAGCAGACAACAGUGAAGGAAAAGUUGGAAUCAAAGCCAAGGCAGCCUACCAUUGACUUGAGCCAAAUGGCUGUUCCAAUCCAGAUGACUCAAGAAAAGAGGCAUUCUCCAGAAAGUCCUUCAAUUGCUGUUGUAGAGUCAGAACUAGUGGCUGAAUAUAUCACAACUGACUCAGGAAGACAACACUGUAUUGGUUCACAUUCGGAAGAAUAUCUACACAACCAUAUAGUCAGUCAUCGGUCCCAGCCCCACCAGUCAUCUCAGCCCCAGAGGACUCUGGUGCAGCACGUGGCUCAGUCCCAGACAGCAACGCAGACUUCUGUUGUGGUGAAAUCUAUUCCUGCAUCCUCCACUGGCGCCAUUACCCAUAUCAUGCAGCAGGCCUUAAGCAGUCACACUGCAUUUACCAAACACAGUGAACAACUUGGAACUGAGGAGGGAGAAGUGGAAGAGAUGGACACCUUAGAUCCUCAGACUGGCCUGUUUUACAGAUCUGCCCUGACACAAUCGCAGGCACAAAAGCAGCAAAAACUGAGUCAGCCGCAGCUGGAACAGACUCAACUGCAAGUGAAAACUCUGCAGUGUUUCCAGACUAAGCAGAAGCAGACAAUCCACCUGCAGGCUGAUCAAAUCCAGCACAAACUCCCACAAAUGCCCCAACUUUCCAUAAGGCAUCAAAAGCUAACCCCCCUGCAGCAAGAGCAAGCACAGACCAAACCAGAUGCACAGCACCCCCCACAUCAUAUGAUGGCCAAAGAAAGGCAACUCCCUACCUUAGUGGCACAGCCACAGCAAACUGUAGUACAGGUGCUUGCAGUAAAAACCACGCAGCAGCUGCCCAAACUGCAACAGGCACCAACGGCACAAAAAAUCUACGUGCAACCCCAGCCCCCCCAGAGUCAAAUGCAGCUACCUGCCUCUUCAGAGAAACAGCCAGCAAGCCAGGUGCAACAUCUAAGUGUAAUGCAAGGAUCCACUGUUACAGAGCUAACUUUAGAGGGGCACGAGCUUCCUUUUGUUUCAAAGGUAGCAGGUGGCAGUUCUGUGCCCAAACUGGCAUUGCUGGUUACCAGCCUAUUUCCCAUGCAGGCAUCCACGGAGACAUCAGUAGCAGAUAUAUUGAGAGUGUCUAUGGUGGAAGCUCAGAUUGAUGCAAACAUAGAGCACACGGUAGUGGAUCCCCCAAACAAGGCCACGUCCACUAGUGCAGCUGCUAGUGAAGCAGAGUCGUCACCUUGUACCCAGGGCCCGAGGGUGGCUGCAGUAGGGAUGACGGCACCUUCCAUCCCCCAGCAACAGACACAUACAGAAUCCAGCUCAAGUCCUCCUGCUGUUGGUCCUACUUUAACAGAGAGGAAGCUCGAGGCACGAGGAAUACCUACAACAAACCAGUUUAUACACAUUCAGAAUAUAUCACAAAAGAAAGCUGAAGAGAGCUCUUCAGAAAUUGUUGUCCAGACUAUCCCUCACUAUCCCAUCCCUUGUCACUCCAGCUCCAAUGUGGUGGUGGAACCCAGCGGGCUCCUGGAGCUCAACAACUUCACCAGUCAGCGCCUCGAUGAUGAGGAGACAGCAAUGGAGCAAGAUGUGGACAGCAGCACUGAGGAUGGCACUGAGCCCAGCCCCUCUCAAAGUUCUCUUGAGCAAUCCUAAGGAAUAGAGACACUGGAGUGUACUUUAAAAUAUCUUGGGAUUUUUGAGCAUCCAAGAUGCCCUUCUAUUGUGAUAUCUUAGAGCACUUUGCCUAUUAGAAUUGUUCAUUGGACUCUUGAAGCAUCAGUAGGUUUUAACAAGACAGUAUUGCAAAAGCUGAAUCUUAAAAAAUGUUUUGGGAAAAAAAAAAAAGAAGAGAAGAUGUAGGUACCAAGAUUUAGUAAACCUGUGACAGUGGAAUGUACUCCUGUUCAGAAACAAAUCUGUAAUGAAUCCUACAGCUUGUGCUAUUGAAGCCCUUGCCCAGAUACUGAAACAGCUUUAAGUGAAAAGGGAUCAUUAUUUUGCUGUGUCUUUUUAGUUGUUGAAUAAAACACCAUUAAAAAAAAUAUUUAAUAAAUAUUUUUAUUUUCAAAUAGCAUGUGAGAGAAAAAAUGUCUCUGACAGUGCUGGAAAAGCCCCAGGAAUUUUGGAAUUGGUUGGCUUUCUUGCACUCAUGCUCACUUCAAAAAUUUUUUCAGAAGCUUAAAAUAUUUUUUUUUAAUUCUUGUUGAUGAAUGUUUGGAAAUAAACAAAACUGCUAACUGGUAGCAAAGUGGAUUUGCUAGUGGAAUUUUGUUUUCAUGCUUUACAAUAAGUACGGUAAUAGUAGAUGAGGCAUUUCUUUCUGCCAUAAGCAUACAAAAUGCUCAUCUACUCUAGUUAACCUUUGAUUAUUUAUUUAAAUAUGAAAUUUAAAGUGAGACAAGUUGUUGAAAAAAGUUCCUGUGAAACAGGCAGUUGUAUUAAUUCUAGUACAAACCAGGGAGAAGGAGGUGCAUUUUGCUAUAAUCAGUUUUUCAAAAUUGGGGAUAAAUAGUUCAACAUCUUUCCAAGUUGAACUUGAGAAUUUAGAAGUGAGCCAAGACUUCUAAAAAUCUAUAUUUUACUCUUACAUGCUGUUUUUAAAAUUGACCAUUUGGGGAGUUUAAAAGCUUAAAUGGGUGUACAAUGGUGGGUUUCCAAAAUUAGCCUUAUGCCUUGGCUUGUUGAAGCAAUACAUUGGGGUUUUGUGGUAGUUACAAGUCACAGAGAGCGGUUUGGGUUCAGAUGGGACAAGAGAACCAGUUUUAAUACAUUCUGGUAAUUGAGACAAUACUUUUUUUUGUUUUCAAAAUGUAUAUAAAACCAUGUUUUUAACUGUUUUGUAUAGAUUUCAUUAUAAAUAACUAAGCAUUUUAUGACUUUGACAUCAUUUAAUUGUAUAUAAAUGUAUAAGCCUAACUGCCCACGUUUUGGUGCUCAAGUACUGUAAGUAGAUUUCAUCCAAAAUCUAAUACAGCUUUUUGCGUCAGUCUUUUCUUUUUAAAUUGUCGUUUUACUGUUGAUAUUGUUGUUAAGGUUGAAUUCCAGUUGGAGUAACUCAAACUGAAAAAUACAGACCCUAAAAACCA